AGUCCCUUUCGUUCCUGAGGUCUGCGGCGCUGGACGCUGGUAACCGGGACGGAGCCGACCUUGAGUCUACCGGACAGUCCUCUAGCCCGGUCGCCAGAUCCCGACCUGCCCUCAACCUGGUGUAAAGUUGUUGCUAAGGAGCCCCUGCAGAUCAAAGAUGGGAGGCUGCUGGGUUGGCCUGCUGCUAGCAGCUGUACUGGUGACUAAGGGCUCGGCCCUUGACUGGGAGACCCAUGGCUUCCUCGGUCCUCUGCCUAUUGCGGACCCGCAAUCUCUGAAUCCCGCUUGUAGAGAGGACAGCAUCCUGCUAGCAGCAGCCCUUGAGAACCGUACCCUCUGGGCAGAACAGAUGUGGGACGCCUCAGCCAAGAGUCCCGUUGGCCUCUUGACAGGCACCGGUCUUCAGUACGGCAACUUCGACGAGUGUCUGGACGUGCAGCAGCCUCUGACCUCCCAGUACUGCCUGGUCACACUCGAGCUGGACGUCCCCCCAGGGUAUGACACUCUGGACCCGGAGACAGAACGGUACCCACCAACUCUCUCUGCCUGGUACAAGAUACACUUCGGGAAGUCCAAGGCGAAGCAGCGCCUGGACAAGAUGAAGAUGGCUCUGUGUGUCCCUGCUAGCUGCGGGCCUGAGGACAUCGAGGCCUCGGUCUCCCGGUACUUGGGUCUGGGGCAGAAGAACAAGUCACGCCCCGUGCUCCGGGUCUCUGUGGAGGAGAGUGCCUGUUCACGGCUGGAUGAUCCUGCGUAUAAUUUCACUGUCGGAGACCUCGUCUUUUGUGCGGUGAUGUUGGCCGUGUUUCUGCUGGUUACGACCGCUACCGUCUACGACCUGGCUGUGUACGACUACGACGGCAACUCACCUCCUGCAAACUACGUGCAAUGCCUAUCUGCAUAUCGAGGUCUGAAGAGUCUCUUCCGCAAAGACCAAGGGGUGGCUGAGCUAGAUCUGUCCACCCUCUACGGUAUCCACGCCUUCGCCUUCGCGUUCAUAGUGUUGGGUCAUCGCUUCGGAACCUACAUGUGCACCACCAUUAUCAAUUACGAGGAUGUUGAAUACAUGUUCCGCCACUACUGGCUCUCUAUGUGGACCGGUCACAUGGACCUCUUCUGUGACAUCUUCUUCUUCCUCUCCGCCUUCCUGUUGGGGGUCAUCCUCUCGUUGCAACUGGACAAAAGUUACAUCUCACCGCUCAAGGUUUAUAUCCACCGACUCAUCAGACUGCUCCCUGCCUACGCUACGGUAGUAUUUUUCUACGCCACUGUCUACUACAAGCUGGGUAGCGGGCCGAUAUGGAACGCUGUCGUGAAGCAAGAGCAAGACCAGUGUCGAGACUACUGGUGGGUGAACUUGGUCUUCCUCAACAACUACCUGGGAGGGGACAAGAUGUGCCUUCUACAGUCCUGGUAUAUCGCGUGCGACUUCCAGUUGUUCCUGGCAGGAACUCUACUGCUGAUACUGCUGAACAGACGGCCGGUCCUCGGCCUGUCCGCAUCCGGAUUGUUGCUGAUAGUAGCUAGCCUCGCCCCCUUCCUGGGUACUUUGUGGUACAAUCGGCCCGCUCUCCUAACAUUCUAUAAGGGGAUGUGGGAAAAGGUGCGAACCGACGACCUGUACGUCUCUGUGUACAGCCAGGCACACUACAGAGGUCCAGGGUAUCUGGUGGUGGGCGUACUGGCGGGGUACGCUGUCUUCAGAGGACGUAGCACCACACAACUACCUAGGACCAAGUCAUGGCUCUUGCUAGUUACGGGGUUGUUGAUCUGCUUCCUGACCUACUGGAGUGGAGCGCUGUACACAGACCCUGCCAGACCCUACCGACCUCUAGAGGCGAGUGUUUACGCCGCCACCAACCACACGGUCUUCGCCCUCGGCCUCGCCCUUAUACUGACCUCACUCAUCUUCGGCACCAAAACGUUCAUCUCCGACAUAUUUUCAUGGCAAGGGUUUGUGCCUCUCAGCAAACUGUCCUACAGCAUGUACCUGGUACACAACAUCCCCCAGAUUGCCGCCGCGGCCGCCGCCCGGACACCUUCCAAAUUUGACAUCUACGGGCUGAUAAGCUGGACAAUCUCAGACUUGACCCUUGGGCUGUUGCUGUCUCUUGUGUUGUUCCUGUACAUUGAGACCCCCUGCCGUUAUCUCUUCAAACAUCUCACCACGGCCAAGUCGGAACACCAAUCUGUGAAAACUUCGGAGGACGUCAAGGAGGUCAAAGAGGAGAGUGAUUGGAGUUACAGGCUGACCAACCCUUGAUCUGCUAACCGAUGUACGAGUAUUUUUUGCGGUGGGUUGGCUCCCUGAGAACAUCGAGAUCAACAUCAAGUCAAACAUUUAUAAAAGCAGUUCCUUACUGUUUUCUGUGAUGUAUAAAAUUGUUAUG